AGAGAAAAAAAAAGGACCAUUCAUCUUUCACUCUCUCUCCUUCUUCCAUUUUAUUUCUUUCUUCAUCCUGUAUUAUCCCAACGCGUGUUAAUAAACAAAGCAGAAAUAAAAAUCCAUCCCUUUUUCGUUUUUUUCCGUAUGAGUUUUUUCCUCUAAAGAUCUCUUGAAUAAGUUAGUUUUAUAAAUUCAAAGGCAAUGGCAAAGGAAGUUGAGGGAGAUUCAUCCCUCUCAUUACUUGAAUCUCAUCUAAGUCAGACCAACACUUCAUGGAAGUUGAUGGAUCAUGGUCCUUGCCAAGUGGAUAAGUUGCAAGAAAAGCUUAUAGAAGUUGAAGCGUGUAUUCAAGGCUCUGAUGCAGAUUCAAAAAAAGAACUAAAGGUACUCUGGCGAAGGGUCAAAGCUACCUCGACAAUGUUGUCCUACUUGAAAUCAAAGGCAAGAAUUAUGGCAGUUCCGCAUCUAGCACAUGUAUCGUGUGGGAUCAAACAGCAGGAAGGGUCGGGGUUUGUUGAUAAAGAUGGUACACCGUUGUCUGGUUGGUCGAAGGAUGUAAGUCUUUCUUCAUUGGACCAUGUGGAUGAAGAUGAAUGCAUGAAAAUUAAUAUUAAUGGGAGUUGUUCAUUUGAUGAGCAUGAUGGAGCCUAUAUUGGUGAAAUCCUUAAGUCUGUGCAGAUGGUAACAGAUGUCAUGGAGGUUCUUGUUAAGAGGGUAAUUAUGGCAGAAACUGAAACCACUAUUGAGAAAGAAAAGGUAGAUUUGGGUCAGAAAGAAAUUAAAAAGAAGGCUCUACAGAUUGAGAACAUGUCGACAAAGGUAGAGGAAAUGGAAAGGUUUGCUCUAGGUACAAAUUGCAUCCUGAAUGAAAUGCGGCAGAAAGUAGAAGAUAUGGUAGAAGAAACAUCUAGGCAAAGACAACGAGCUGCAGAAAAUGAGCAAGAGCUUUGUCGUGUGAAGCAGGAUUUUGAGUCAUUGAGAUCCUACGUUAGUAGUCUAAUUAGUGUUAGAGAAACACUUCUUUCAUCAGAGAAGCAAUUUCAGACAAUUGAGAGGCUCUUCGAUAGGCUAGUUGCCAAGACCAGUCAAUUGGAAACUGAGAAGAUGCAAAAAGAGGCUGAAGUACAGAAGCUCAUGGAAGAGAAUAUCAAGCUGACAUCUAUGUUAGACAAGAAAGAUGCCCAAUUGAUGGCCAUGAACGAACAGUGCAAGUUCAGGGCUCUGAAUGCAUCGGGUAUGUAGUCUCUCGUCUAUGUGAUCAGAAUACAUUCCCUGUUCUUUGGGGUUCAUCAUCAAUCAACCUACUCUGCCGUCCGACUUUCUAGACAAGAACAGGAUUGAGCAGGUUUUCGAGCACAUUGUGGGGUGUUCUUAAUUGAUACAUUUGGGAGGUCCUGGUGUUGAUCUUCUGUUGUAUUAAUGCUUAAUUGAUCGAUCAGCCAGGGAUCCGAAACUUGGUACUGCUGUAGAGCGUUAGCUGUGUCAUUAGAGUUUUUGUUAAAUAACAAAAAAUUGUAUGGGCUCCUUGUGACAUUCUCAUAGUUGUCUGACUUGUAAAAGCUUUUAGUUGAUGACAUAAAAAAAAAAUGUUAUGUGCUCCUCAA